UCUUUGCAGCGCACGGGACGGAUUUGUUUUUGCGUGCACCUUCAGUCGGCUCGAGUGCGUCGCUGUAGGAAGUUAUAAGCGCCGAAUGAUUUGCGUAAUCGAAGGACCGGUUGUACGUUGGAAGUAAUUGAAAUUAACUCGAAAAUUGCAAGUGUUGAAGCGUGACAAAAAACAUUGUGAACCUCGCACGUAAAGUUAUAACCAUGCCGUCUGAAGUAGUGAAUAAAGAUUUGCAGCAUGAACGCAGUAAAUGUACUUUCAACCUGGAGGAGUUCACCGUCUGGUGGGUAGGAGGCAAGCAGAAGCUAGCGGACAAACGGUUGAUCGAAAUUUUUUUCAAGAAUCAGCCUGAGUUCCACGACAAAGUGCCGCUAGCUUACGCCUCGCACAAAGAGAAAUAUGAAGAAACCAUCCGCAAAGCAACGGUCAUAUUCUCAAAAACUCGAAAGUUUCUCCAGGAGCAAGGAAAAUACGAUGCUAGAAAUUAUUUCGAAACAUGGGACUUCCUGCUCGGAACCGGUCUCAUUAAGGAGGGCAACCCUUUCCGGCUGCAGUACGACAUGUUCAUCCCGGCGUUGGUAGGUCAUGCGAAUCCCGAACAGCAAAGUAAAUGGUUGGACAGAGCUCUGAAGUGGCAAAUCCUGGGCACAUAUGCCCAAACCGAGCUGGGCCAUGGAACGUUUCUUCGUGGGCUGGAAACUACUGCCACGUUCGAUGAAAGGACGGAUGAGUUUGUGCUACACAGUCCGACCCUUACUGCGUACAAGUGGUGGCCAGGAGCUCUUGGCCACACCGCAAACUACGCCGUUGUAAUGGCUCAACUCUACUCCAAAGGAAAGUGUUACGGGGUUCAACCCUUCAUGGUACAACUUCGGGAUGAGGAGAGCCACAUGCCAUUGCCGGGUAUUGACAUCGGUGAAAUCGGCGAUAAAAUUGGCUACAAAGGCGUUAAUAAUGGUUAUUUGGGUUUCGAUAACUAUCGGAUUCCACGGACAAACAUGCUAAUGAAGAAUGCGCAGCUUUUGAGGGAUGGAACGUAUGUAAAACCGGCCUCGUCUGUGUUGGCCUACGGAACCAUGGUAUUCGUUCGAGUCAUCAUUGUAAAAGGCAUGGCGUACGACCUAUCGAAAGCAGCUACAAUCGCUGUGAGGUAUUCCUGCGUGCGUCGCCAGAGUUGCAUCAAUCCAAACCAACCUGAAGUUCAAGUAAUGGAUCAUUUAACACAGCAGAACAAGCUGCUACCUCAGGUCUCGAAAGCCAUUGCUCUUAAGUUGGCCUCGGACUAUCUGUGGCAACUGUAUCAGGAGACAGCCUCUGAAAUGGACUCUGGAAAGUUGCAUCGUUUACCGGAACUGCAUGCGAUUUCAUGCUGCUUGAAAGCCGUGUCGACAGCCGAUGCCGCUCAGGGAAUGGAGGUUUGCCGUCUAGCUUGCGGGGGACAUGGCUAUUUGUCGAGUGCCAAUUUUAUGACUUUCUACAGCGUGGCCACGGCGGCUUCCACUUAUGAAGGCGAGAAUACUGUCAUGCUACUACAAACUGCUCGGUUCCUAGUAAAAUCAUGGAAUCAAGCUCUUAAGGGCCAGAAGCUGCCAUCGACCGUUCAGUACCUGAGCGAAUACUGUGGCAAAACCUUCAGACGACUACCCUGGAGCGAUUCCUUACCGGUAAUUAUUUCUGCUUUCCAGGCAAUUGUAGCCAACAAACUUAAACUCGCCAACGAACAUAUCGAGCGACGAAAGAAGGCUGGAUACACUCCGGAGGAGUCCACAAAUAUGACCGCGCUGGAACUGACCAAAGUGGCAGAGUUGCACGGUCGUGGAUUCAUUUUGCUAUCGGCGUAUGAAUUGAUAGAAAAGGCCUGCCAAACGGCGUCUGUCCAGUUCGCGGUGGUUCUCCGUCAACUGUGUGCUUUGGUAGUUUACGGUGAAGCGCUACAGUUUGCUGGUGAUUUGUUACGCUUUACAACCGUGUCUGAGGGCGAUAUAGUGAAGCUACAGCACAAGUACGAAGCAAUGUUGGCAGCGUUGCGUCCCAAUGCUAUCGGUGUUGUGGAUGCCUUCGACUAUCCUGAUUAUGCGCUGGGUUCUGCACUUGGUGCCUAUGACGGUAAUGUGUAUGAACGACUCUUUGAAGAAGCUAUGAAGAGUCCGUUGAAUCAGGAACCAGUCAAUAAAACAUUCGAGAUGUAUUUAAAACCGCUCAUGAGAUCUAUGCUAUAAACUAUGGUGCUUAUACAAGCUGACUAAGGAUAUUUGGGGAUCAAUAAAAGGGUACUGGAUGGGUAAAAAAUACUUCAUAAAGAAAA